AAAUUUGCUGGUUUCUUCACCAAAAUUAAGCUAUUUAGUACAAGCAAAAAAAAAAAAAAACGAUAACAGUUGAAUAUAAUUUACACGUAUUUAAUGUGCAUAUUCAGCAAAUGUUACCCUUUUUACUUUAAUAGUAUUAAUUAAUUUUCCUUCGAUCUGUUUUCUUUCUCGCUCUCUAACCACCAGAAAGAGAGAGAAGAAGAAGAAGAAGGAAGCAGAAUCUAUCUUUCACAAUCACUCUCUCUCUCUCUAUUUCUUAAUCGCUCCGCCGCGCCACCACCGUCACUGAGAUGCGGCGGUGUAAAAUCGGCGAAUUCAUCUCCGUGGAAACGAUGAGGUUUCUGGCGUUUCUCCUGAUCUGUAGUUUCCAUCUUGCCUUCUCCGCCGAGUCCGAUAUCGGGACUGAGUCAGUUGCCACACGCGAGAUCAACGGAAACGCCGCCGAGUCCAAUGCGACGAACGCGAAACCUAAGGAGGACAGUUUCGCCGAUAUGAUCGAUAGGGCACUUGAGAAGGAGUUUCCGGAGAAUGACCAGAACGAUGUUCCUGAUCCAGGAAGCUUUAAUAAUAGCGUUGCUGAUCAGCAGGCUGUUCUGGAAACUGUUGCUCGAGUGAAGCCCAAGAAAAAUGAGACCAAGACCAAGGAGGAGAAAUCAUUCUUUAAUUUGGAUAACGAGAAUGGCGUAGAAGAUACUCCAAGACUGAUAGAUAGGAAGGACAACGUUUUUAUCAUGUCCAAUCCAAAGUCCAAGUACCCUGUACUGCAGCUAGAUUUAAGGCUGAUCUCAGAUUUGGUCGUCGUCAUUGUUUCUGCUACUUGUGGUGGAAUUGCAUUUGCUUGUGCUGGUCAACCGGUCAUUACUGGGUAUCUGUUGGCUGGAUCUAUCAUUGGACCGGGUGGGUUAAGCUUUGUUAGUGAAAUGGUGCAGGUUGAAACAGUAGCUCAGUUUGGUGUAAUCUUUCUUCUUUUUGCUUUAGGAUUAGAAUUUUCUGCAGCAAAGCUUCGUGUAGUUCGUGCAGUAGCUAUUCCAGGAGGUCUUCUUCAAAUAUUUUUGUUCAUGUGCUUGAGUGGGAUAACAGCCUCGUUAUGCGGUGGUAAACUAACAGAAGGAAUAUUCGUAGGUGCUUUUCUUUCGAUGUCGUCAACAGCGGUGGUGUUGAAAUUUUUAAUGGAAAAGAGCAUAAGUGCUCUACAUGGCCAGAUAACCGUUGGAACACUUAUCCUUCAGGAUUGUGCUGUGGGUUUGCUUUUUGCUCUCCUUCCGGUUCUUGGUGGCACAUCUGGUGUCCUUCAAGGAAUGUUGUCCAUGGCUAAAUCGUUGGCUAUUUUGAUUGCGUUUUUGGCUGCUUUGUUUGUACUGUCACGUACCUGGGUACCUUGGUUUCUAAAACUUAUGACAAGCCUUUCUUCUCAGACUAACGAGCUCUACCAGUUGGCCGCUGUAGCAUUUUGUUUGCUUGUUGCUUGGUGUAGUGGCAAGCUCGGUCUAAGUCUUGAGCUGGGUUCCUUUGCGGCAGGAGUGAUGAUCUCAUCAACGGAUCUCGCCCAGCAUACUCUUGAACAAGUAGAACCAAUCCGCAAUUUUUUUGCAGCGCUGUUCCUUGCUAGUAUUGGAAUGUUGAUACAUAUGCACUUCUUGUGGAACCAUGUUGAUAUUCUGGUAGCAGCUGUGUUACUGGUGAUAGUGAUAAAGACCGUGGUCGUUGCAAUCGUUGUUAAGGUCUUUGGAUACAAUAACAAAACUGCAGUACUUGUUGGAAUGUCGCUUGCGCAGAUUGGGGAAUUUGCUUUUGUUCUGCUAAGUCGAGCAUCUAAUCUUCACCUUAUUGAGAGCAAACUGUACCUCCUGCUUCUGGGAACAACUGCUCUAAGCCUGGUAACGACACCAUUUCUAUUCAAGUUGAUACCGGCCGUUGUACAUUUAGGAGUGCUCUUACGGUGGUUCUCUCCCAAUAGCUCAACUGAGGUAAAUCAAAAACAUCUAUGUCGUCCUGUUUCUCUCUGCACACCUUUGGCACAAACUCAGCUUUUUGAUUGUCUUUUCUCUUCUCUGUAUGUCCUUAGACUUUCCCGUUUAUUUUCAAGCGCUUUUAUCCCGGUUUUGUUUUGAGAUUUUUGAAAUCAGGAUUCCGUUUUGAACUGUUUUUAUUUGACUACGAUUUUCCUCUUUUAACAGGACUUUUAAAGCUUUUUGUUUUCUUGUGGUUUUAUCAAACCCAAGAGAUUAGGCAGACGUUCUUGUAAUGUUCUUGCUAUAGACGUUCUUGUGGUUUUUCAAACCCAAAAAAGAUCAUAGACAAACACUAAUCUAAUAGUGUUCUGUCAGAUUCUUGUUUGGGAACAUUGUUUUGGUUUUGUUUUGGUUUUGUUUUUGUUUUUCAAAUCCCAAAAAAGAUCAUAGACAGACACUAAUCUUAUAGUGUUCUGUCAGAUUCUUAUUUGGGAACAUUGUCCCUUGCUGCCUCUAAAAGAAA